CGUGGUGCCGAGGGUAAUGAGCUAAUUACCAUGGAAGACGAAAGCAUUCCCGCGGUGCCAGAGAUCUCCUGUAAUGAAGAGACAGAACGAGAAGGUAGAUAUUGUCCGAAUGCGGUACGUCUCUGUUCUUUUCCAAUCACCAAGAUACUGAUUCUAUUACUAGACUUAGACAUCGCGAGACCAUAUAGGAACGAAGUCACGCCUUCAAUACUCGAUCCAUCUAUUCCGUGUAGUAAUCCUCCUGCCACAUCCUACUCGCCGUUUGCAUGUCAUAGAGAGGGCAUCUUCAUAUGGGAUGCUCCGUAA